AUGAAAAAAGGACCGGUCAAAAGGAAGUUUGAGAGUUUUGGCUUUAGUUCUUCAAAUCCUUAUGACCAACGCGUUCAAAAAGAAUUAGUGUUGCAUAUACAAAAUCAGGUUCAGAUAGGGAAUGACUUCACCCUAAAGUUAUAUAGUUGGAUGAAGAUUUCAAUUUUAAAGCAAAAAAUACACAAGGCAACAAAACUUGAUUUGGGUGAUUUCAGGGUGCUAUAUAAAAAUCAAGAGUUAUAAUUGAACAAUUAAGAUCUUGAAGUAAUUCAUAUUCUAUUGAGAUAGGACUAUGGAAUCAAGAAUCAUGUGUCAUUAAAGCUGGUGGCUCGUAAGUAGGGUUAGUAGACGUAUUUCAUCAAUAGUCUUCAUAAUAUAUUGGAAGAGUCCAGAAGUACUCAAGAACAAUUUUAAAAUGCAAAAUGGGCUGUCGAAGGAGCCUUCAUGAAGGGAAUCACCCCAAAAUUGACUGAUUUCGGAACACAGGGAACCUACAUAUUAGAAAAUCAGAAUCACAAACCAGUGGCAAUUUUCAAACCUUAUGAUGAAGAAGCCUUUGCCCCAAACAACCCGAGAGGAAUGAGAGGGAAAAUGAACUCUCCUGGACUCAGAUAGGGCAUCUUGUCAGGCGAAGGAGUAGAUCGAGAAGUGGCUGCAUACCUGAUUGAUCAGUCCUCUGGACAUUAUCAUAAUGUCCCUAUAACUAAUUAUGUCCAAAUCUGCCAUCCGACAUUUCAUGAGGCAGAGGAAUAUAAAUAGUUUUAGCAUGAAAAAAUACCAAUCAAAGAAGGUUCGUUUUAAUUAUACAUACCCCAUGAUGAUAAUGUCGGUAAUUAUGGGAGUGGGUUGUAUCCAUCAAUGGAAGCCAGGAAGAUAGCCAUUUUAGAUAUAAGAAUUUUGAAUUGUGAUCGCAACGAAGAAAACAUUUUAGUGAGAAAAAAAAAGCUUCCUUAAGCAAAUGGAUAAACCAGAUAAGCUUUUGAUUACUUUUUAAUUCCAAUUGAUCAUGGUUACUCAUUUCCAGAUUCAUUUAAAAUUUGUAGAGAUGAAGUAGUCUGGUACCAUUGGAAUUAAAUGACCUAACCAUUUACUUAAGAAGAAAAACUCUUUAUUGAAAGGAUAGAUCCAGAGAAGGAUAUUAAGAUGAUAAAAGAAAAAGUAUAGUUAAGAGAAAUUUGCUUAAGAAAUGCGAAGAUAGCCACUAUUCUCUUGAAAAUGGGAGCAGCAGCUGAUUUAACUAUUCAUGAUAUAGCUGAAAUUCUGUAUCGAGAAGAUCCUGAUGAAUUGUCUCCAAUUGAAAAGGCUGUCCAGACUGCAGUAGAUAAUUAUAAAGUGCCAAAGGGGUUUUCAAAUUUUAAAGAAAAGUUAUUAUCAAACAAUCUUAUUUAAAAAUCUUUGGAAUUUGAAUCCUCAAACUUAAAUAAUUUGGAUAAACCUUAAAUCAAUUAGCCUCUACUGAAAUUAUAAAUUAUAAGAGAUGAGGAGGAGAACAAAGACACAAAUGAGAGAGAGAAUAAAACCUAAUAUUCUGAUAAAAAGUUAACCAGAGCUGGCUCUCAGUAGAACAUAAAAAGCAUAAAAAAACCCAUUGAAAAAGAAUGGAAUGAAGAAUUCUAUGCUCAUAUCUCUUACUUACUUUAAUAACUAGUAGAACAUAAAUAAUCAGAGAAAGUACCUUCUCCAAGGAAAUACAGGCCCAGAUAUAUCAGUGAAGAAGUCAAAUGAGAAUUAAAUUAUUUAAUAUUCCAGGAAAAUUAUCGUUAUUAUAUCAAAAUUGUA